AAACGUUUGCGAUGCUCAGGAGGAUCGGAGCAUCGCGAGGAAAGACGUGUGUCCGCAUUUUCACGUUUAGCGCUAAAUAUGGCGGUUGGAUAUCCUCCGCCCCGCACUCGCGCGGAACGAAAAAAUCCCGAGGCCGAGCGGUUCACUCGUAGGCGCUAAACGUGAUGCUGAGACGUGGACACGGCUUGUUGGCAUGCUUGCAUCGAGUAACCACGAGGCGAUCGUGGUUCGCAAAAUUGUGGCGGACGUUCGGCGCGAAACGCACAGCCAUGCUCUUCGCACCGAACGCGGGCCGCAACGAGCGCGACUCAUCUUGACGAUAUCUCCUGGCAACGAGCGCAAACGUUGCCGAACGUGAUACCGUCUGAAGUAUGCGGCCAUGCGACAAUGCCAACAACAACGCGAAACAUGCACGUACGUGCCGUGUCGUGCCCGGCCUGGCGAUCGAGAGAUGCUACGAGAGCGCGAGCACGAGAGGCGUUCGCAAUAAUAACAAGAUACAAAAAGUUGCCAGCACUGACUUGAAAUUUUCGUUUCCCGGUACGGACGAUUGGCAGCGAGAGCGAGAAGCAGCUGUUUUUGCGGCAAACACAGCAGAGGUAUUAACAUACCAUCAAAUUUCGAUACCACAUAUAUAUCCAAAAGAGGGAUGGGUUGAACAAGAUCCUUUAGAGAUACUCAAAGCAGUCAGGGAAUGUCUGAAGCAAACUGUGUUCAACUUGAGGCAACUGACGAUAGAUCCGGCUGAUAUAGUCGCGAUUGGUAUCACAAAUCAGAGAGAGACUACGGUCGUAUGGGACUCUGUCACGGGAGAACCACUUUACAAUGCCAUAGUAUGGAUGGAUAUGAGAACCACAUCGAUUAUAGAUGACAUACUAAAGGACAUACGUAAUAGGAACAAGGAUUACCUGAAGUCACUUUGUGGCCUGCCGAUCAGUCCAUACUUUAGCGCGCUAAAAUUAAAAUGGUUGUUAGAAAAUGUGCCUCGUGUUGAAGAAGCGCUGGCUGCGAAGCGUCUCAUGUUUGGCACCAUUGACUCCUGGUUGAUUUGGAAUCUGACUGGUGGUGUCAACGGUGGUGUUCACAACACGGACGUCACAAACGCUUCCAGAACAAUGUUAAUGAACAUUGUAACGUUAAAGUGGGAUCCUACUCUAUUAUCAUUUUUCAAGAUACCCGCUGAGAUUCUACCGAAAAUACGGAGCUCUUCGGAGAUUUAUGGUUACAUACAAGAUGAAUUGUUGCAGGGAGUUCCUAUAUCAGGGUGCUUAGGUGAUCAGCAGGCAGCUUUAGUGGGCCAAAUGUGUUUCCAGCGAGGGCAAGCAAAAAGUACUUACGGAACUGGUUGUUUCCUUCUUUACAAUACUGGCACAGCUAUUGUGGAAUCGUCCCAUGGAUUAUUGACAACAGUAGCAUAUCAGUUAGGCGCGCACACUUCGCCGGUAUACGCCCUCGAGGGAUCGGUAGCUAUCGCAGGUGCCGUUGUGCAAUGGUUGAAGGACAAUCUUCAGAUAUUAAGCGAUAUAAAAGAAUGCGAGACUAUCGUCGAACAAGUAUCUAUGAACAAUCGCGGACAAAUCGUUUUCGUGCCGGCGUUCGCUGGGCUAUACGCUCCAUAUUGGAGGAAGGAUGCGCGAGGUGUGAUUUGCGGCAUUAGCGAAGAUACCAAUCGCACGCACCUCGUGAGAGCGGCUUUGCAGGCAAUAUGCUUUCAGACGAGGGAUAUUCUGGAAGCCAUGAGGGAGGAUACUGGCUUGACGUUGUCGAAGCUGUUGGUAGACGGUGCGAUGACGAAUAAUGAACUGCUGAUGCAGAUGCAAGCCGACAUCUGUGGGAUUCCAGUGGUUAGGCCACUGAUGUGCGAAACUACUGCGCUCGGCGUGGCGAUUGCUGCUGGGAGCGCAGAGGGAAUACGCAAGUGGGACGUAAAGAUCGACGCCACUGUUCCCAGUGACAUUUUCUUGCCGUCUAUAACGGAGAACGAACGCGACAUGCUGUACUCCCAGUGGAAGUUGGCCAUCGAUAGAAGCUUAGGCUGGGACUUACCUCCGGAAACGAACAAUGACGUGAAAGAUAUACAUAAAACGACUGCGCCCGGGUUAUUUGCAAUCAGUACCAUGAUACUGCUUAUGAUUGCCAGGUAUAGAUCCACUUCAUAGGGAGUCUGUUAGAUGCAACACGCGUGCUGCGCAUUUAGAAAAGGUCUGCUACCAGUGCAACGGGAAAUAUUCGUUACGAUGCAGUUUGCAGCGGUUGCAUUAUUACUUUUGCAUAUGUAAGAUAGUAUUAUUUAUGAAGUGAGGAGAGAAAGAGUCAAGAUUAAAAGUGCCAUAAUAUCGAU